AACCAACAAACGAAUCACUGGACCCAAGCAGGUCGCAUCGUCCAACAAUAUUAAUAACACUUGCACAAUAACUUACAUAAGGCAGAGAGAGCUCAGCCAAUUUACUUCCGAAACCAGCCCUGAGCCGCGAAGCCUGAAGGUGCUAGUGAUUGUUAGUCGCCACUUCUUGGUAGACUCGCGUGGUUGUGUUCGAAUUAUUGUGAAAAAUAAAAUGUAAGUUAUGGUAAAAGUUGAAGCCAUGGAGGUUGAAAAGAAAAUCGAGGAUGUUGUGACGAUGAAGAAGCCCAACUACAUGCUUAUGUCCUUGCAGAGGAUAUUAGUGAUUUUAGUUAUACUUAUAAGUGUUAUUAUUGUUGUCUAUUAUACCCCAAUGCCAGAGGAAUACUUCGAAAACUGUGAUCGCGAAUGUCACGAGCUUGAUUGGCCGAUGAUAUGUCGUGUAAAACUUGUUAUAGAAGUUUACAAAACAAACAGCAAAUCCUGCAAUAAUUGCUUAGAAACUGGCAAACCAUGUCCACCAAUGUGCAUCACAGCUGAUGGAAGAGAGCGUGGUGUUCUAUCAGCAAAUAGAGAACUUCCUGCACCGGCGUUCCACGUUUGUCAGAAUGACAUUCUCGUCGUUGAUGUGGUUCACCGCGCACCAGCGCAUGCACUCUCGAUGCAUUGGCGCGGUCAACCGCAAAAAGAAACCCCGUUUAUGGAUGGAACGCCAAUGCUAACGCAAUGUCCACAACCGGCGUAUACGACCUUCCAGUAUAAAUUCAGAGCUUCAGCUGCCGGUACUCACAUGUACCACGCCCAUUCUGCCGCUGAUGCAGCUGACGGUCUUGCUGGUGCUUUAAUAGUACGGCAAUCCCCUAGGCUAGAUCCACUAAAACGCUUAUAUGAUAUUGAUGCAACAGAACAUACGAUAUUCAUAGCAGAAUGGGGACACUCUAUGGGGCCAUUGGCCGGAGUGUCUUCAAUAGUUCCUAAUGCUGAAUCUAUACUGAUCAAUGGAAAGGGUAAAACCUUAGAAUCGCCAGAUGCUCCAUUAACAACAUUUAACGUUGAAUAUGGGAAGAAAUACAGAUUCCGUCUUGCAUACGGUGGUGGUGUUAAAAGUUGUUCAGUUAAAUUUUAUAUUAAGGAUCACACGUUGGAUCUAGUCUCAUUAGAUGGGAACAUGAUCGAGGCUGAAAAAGUUAAUAGUAUAACUAUAGGGCGAGGUGAACGCGCUGAUUUUGUAUUGAAAGCUAAUAGACUGUCUGGUGUUUACGAUGUAAAAGUUGAAGCUGAUAGAGAUUGUCAAGACAAUUUAGAAGGUGUUGCUAAGUUAAUGUAUAAAAGUAAGGAGAGCAAAGUGCUUCAUAAAGACGAUAACGACGCGGCGGGUAAUGAACUGGAUAGAGACUUUACGACAGUGUAUAGUGAUAAGUGCAGUACUGAAAAGUUAUUGUGUUUGGAUGAAGUGCAUUCUACUAAGAAACUGUCAGAAGAAUUAUCAGGGAUCCCUGAUGAAGUUAUCUAUAUGCCCUUCAAUUAUUCAACGCGGCAGAUAUCUGCAAAACGUAUUGAAAGCUGGGGUCAGUCGGAUGGUUACCGUUUCACUUACCCAGCAUCACCUCUCUUAACGCAAGGAUCUAAUAUAGGAUCAGAGGCUCUGUGCUCAGGGCCUGGUCUAGCUGAGGAAUGUGUUCAUGUUAAGAACAUUCCUUUGGAUUCCACCGUGGAGAUUAUUAUGUUCGAUCAAGGUGGCGAGUCCGAUCACAUCUUCCAUCUUCACGGCUAUAGCUUCUAUGUCGUUGCCAUGCAGCAAUACAACAGAAGCUUAGGCAAAGAUUUAGUAAAACAAAUGAAUGAAGAAGGAAUUCUAUUUAAUACAAUAAACGUUAAAAAUCCAGUGCUAAAAGACACUGUAGUGAUUCCCAAAUUUGGCGUUGUUGCUCUACGCUUCAAAGCGGAUAACCCGGGUUACUGGAUGAUGAGGGAUGAGAGAUCAGCUCAUUGGACAAGGGGGCUCGAUUUUGUUUUAAAAGUCGGUGAGCAGAAGGACUUCGUUCAGGCACCUUCAGACUUUCCUAAGUGUGGCUCUUAUGUUGGUCCUGAAUACUUUUUAAUUUAAUUGUAAGUCUCGUCUGUAUAUAUUUGUCGCAGUAAAGUAGUUAAAUCAGAGAGUUAGUAGUGAUUAUUUCGGUGUGAUCCUGAAGAACUUUGAGCUUGGAAAUUCCGUGUUUAUUUACUAAAAACAUUUAGGAAACUCGUUAAACGUUUCGAUCAGUCACUUGUCUGACGGAACUUUAGCGACUAGAUUGAAUAUCGAUCUUUAAUUAACUGUCUAGAGAUUUAAUUAACUGUCUGAUUUACCUACUUUACUGCGACAUAUUCUUCCUUUAUCUAUAUUCAAAUUGUGAUAAAUGUAGGUAUGGUAUUUACAUCACCCAGCAUUCACGAGGACAGGACAGUGCGAAAGUUAAUGGUCCAUAAAUUUAUAAAGUUUUCAUGUAUAAGAGAUGAAAUCUUGCCAUUUGCAUAUAAAAUACAAUUUUUAUGAAUUUAUUUUUGAAUGGAAUUUCAUUAAGGCAUAUAAGGCGUUGAUGAAAUCUAAAGCUCAUACAAGUUUGUAAACAUAAUAAAAAUAAAAAAUAAUUUUUGAUUGUUUUAAGAUUGCACAUAACUGAUCCUUUAAAGUAAUAAUUAUGUUUUAAUACAUAGUUUGACUUCUAUGCUUGGCGGAGAUAAAAUUAUGUUCAGUCAACUACUUUCCAUUUAAAUACACAGUUAAAUAUCUCUUUUAUAGCUGCUUUAGUCGAUAAUAUGAUAUUUAUGAUUGAGAUAAAUCAUUUCUAUUCACGUAUUAGUGUCAAUCAAUGUAAAAAAAACUAUUUACCAAUUCUUAAAGGCCGGAAACGCAUUUUCGAGCCCUCUGUAAGCUCGGCAUUAAGUGUCCAUCAUGGGUAUUAUUUAACAUCAGAUGAGCCUCCUACCCGUUUACCCCGUGUUCUACAAAACUACUAUUUGUCUGUUUGUCUUCUUUUUGUAAGCGCACAGCUUCUUCUGGAACAGAGAAAAGGUUCUUGACAUAAAGUUCACACUUUUUCGUCGAGUAUUUGAUUACUAUUAAAAUUUAAAUUACAAAUUCGCGUUACUCACGCGUUGUUACUUAUUAUAGUUACUCUACAAUUGUUAUACAAAAUGAGUGCCAAAUCGCAAAUAACAGUAGUUUAGGCACGCACACACUGCCCAAAAUAUUAAUCAAUUCUGCAUCAUUUAGCUCGACGCCAACUGAAAGUAUUAUAAGCUUUAUUUAUUAGUUUUGUGAUAGUAUAUUGAGACGGAAGCAGAGCGUGACAUAUAACUCUAUAUAGUUAUCAUGUUUCUUUAAGAAUUUUAUGAUUAAAAUUAUGUCUUGUACAUGACAAUACUUUAUAUACGUUUGUUAAUAAAAAUGUUGCUACUUA